AUGAUGAAAAACCACACCAUAACAGCCUUCAUUCUACUGGGACUGACAGAUGACCCUCAACUUCAGAUUCCAAUUUUUGUGUUUCUGUUUUUAACAUACAUGCUAAGUAUAACUGGAAAUCUGACCAUCAUCACCCUCACUUUAUUGGAUUCCCACCUUAAAACACCCAUGUACUUUUUUCUACAAAAUUUCUCCAUAUUGGAAAUUUCAUUUACAUCUGCUUGUAUCCCUAGGUACCUGUACAACAUAGCAACAGGUGAUAGGUCAAUUACUUACAAUGUUUGUGUCAUCCAAGUGUUUUUUACUGACAUUUUUGGAGUCAUAGAAUUUUUUCUUCUGGCUAUUAUGUCUUAUGACCGCUAUGUGGCCAUCUGCAAACCCCUGCACUACGUCACCAUCAUGAGCAGCAGCGUGUGCAGGAGGCUUGUCCUAGGCUGCUGGCUGGUUGGCUUGUUAAUUAUACUCCCACCACUUCAACUGCUCCUAAAUUUAAGGUUCUGUGACUCAAAUGUUAUUGAUUAUUUUUUCUGUGAUGCAUCUCCAAUCUUGAAAAUUUCCUGCUCUGACACAUGGCUCAUAGAGCAGCUGGUGAUUAUCUGUGCUGUACUGACCUUCAUCCUGACCCUUGUCUGUGUCGUUCUGUCCUACGUCCACAUCAUCAAGACUAUUUUAAGAUUCCCCUCUGUCCAGCAAAGGAAAAGGGCCUUUUCCACCUGCUCUUCUCAUAUGACUGUGGUUUCCAUCACCUAUGGAAGUUGUAUCUUCAUCUAUGUCAAACCUUCUGCAAAGGAAUCUGUGGCUAUCAACAAGGGUGUGGCAGUUCUGAUGACAUCAAUUGCUCCUAUGUUGAACCCAUUCAUUUACACUCUGAGAAAUAAGCAAGUGAGACAAGCCAUCAUUAAUUCCUUCAAAAAAAUUGCCUUGAUCUCCAAAAAGAAAGAGAACAUUGAACUAAAGAAAUAA